AGGGACUUAGUGCGUCGGUCACUGAGUCUAGCCCAGAACAGAGGGAACCUCACAGCCACAGACUUCUUCCUGGAGCUCACCUCUUGUGGGUUUGCUGGAAUGGAAGAUAUUUAACCAUGAAGAGCAGUUUAUCUUCUCUGAAUAAGCCCAGAUUUACAUCGUGAAGAUAUGCCUCACUCCAGGUGCAGGACAGGAAAUGGCUUAGUACAUGUUCUUCAUUCAGGAGCUUCCUCUUUCCCUGGAUGCUGCGCACAGGACGAUCCACUGUCCCCUCUUCAGUGAACAAAGUCAAGUACUUUUCUAUCCAGUCCAACUGAACCACAACAACAACAACAACAACAAUCAUCAUCAUCUUCCAAGAUGGCAGACACUUUGCUGUAUGUUACUGAGGAGCCAGGACCAAGCUUAACUGAGGUGGACAUAUGUGUGCUUGAGAUUCGAAAGAAAUAUGAAGUCAUCCCAACCAUUGUCUGCUCUAUAUGCUUUUCAUUUGGACUUAUCUACUGUUUUUCUGGAUACCGCUGCUUUAAGAUGGUCAUGUUCCUCUCUGGCUUCAUGCUGGGAUCAGCCGCCGUUUUCUUGUUGUACCAUAAGGAGCCUGUGCUGGACUCCCAGCUGGGGGUAGAGACCAAGGCAGGGAUCGGCCUGGGCGUGGGUGUGCUGUGUGGUCUGAUGACGAUGCUGGUGUACACUAUGGGACUUUUCCUCACUGGCCUGCAGCUGGGGUGCCUGAUCACCGUUUCCAGCCUGGUGGUUAUCAGUCAGUUUUACAGCCUCACUCCAGUGUGGGUGCCUCUCUGUGCUGUGGUGGCAGCCAGCAUCGUCACCGCCGUGUUCACACUUCAGUGGCAGAAGCUGUUCACUGUCAUCUCCACGGCUGUGUUUGGGGCAACCACUGUGAUGUUUUGUGUGGAUUACCUGCUGGGGAUGUUUAUGCUGGCCGGCCAUUUGUAUGACAUUGUUUGUCAAGUUGAUCCACGUCCACUCUGCUGGUUCAAUUGGGUAAUCAGUGGGAUCUGCCCUCUCCUGAGUCUGAUUGGUGUGCUGGUGCAGUGGAAGUUCACCGCCAACGGGGUAUCGCAUUUAGAAGUUAAACACAAAAAACAUCAGAAACACUCCAAGAAGGUGAAAUAUGGAUACAGAGACUCCAGGAGACGGCCUGAUGCUCGGCGGCGGCGCAGGCCUCCACCCCUGAAGCGUUACGCUGGUGACGUCCUUGCCCCGAGUUAUCUCCAGAGCCUUCAGGAGCGCCAGAUGGGAACAGGUUCCUCUACCAGCAGCCUCAGCACGAUCACACACACUGUAAUUGACUUUGACUUUGAGACGGGCUCCAUGGUGCCGCUCACUGCCGCCUCGCCUGUCUUUAGGGUCUGAAGGAAAACAGCAUCAAACAAAACCCUCCACAGCAUGUCUCCUCAUUUGUGGCUCACUGAAACCGCACCUGAGAAUUGAACAGCCCUUUAAAAUCUUUCCGAGGAGGGUCAUGCAGUUUAUCUGGUAAAAGGAACCUACUAUAACUGGAUUCACCAGCUAACCAUCAAGAAAGUGACAUGAGAUUCUUGGAACUCAGCCCAAACCUUGUGAUGACUUCUGAAUGACGACAAGACACCACACCACCACGUCAGUGCACACAAUAGAUGUCACCAGAUUUGUAACCACCACAUCCCUCAUUUAGUUUUGCUUGUGCAAGGCAGAUUGUUUCACAGUAAUGCUGUUUUCCCCCACACACAUAAGUGUAAUCAUCUCUUAUUUUCCAAAUAAAUACAAUAGGAUUUUUUUUUAGUUAGUUAGCUGACACAUAGCCUUAAAAUAGGUGUCUAAGUUAAUGAAUGUAGUAACAAACAUAGCCUAAGUAUCAUGGUGAAAAACUAAUACUGGCAUAUACCACACAAACUGACCAUAUGCUAAUGGGAAAAGAUUCAGCAAUAAUUUGACCGCUUGGUAUUAUUUGGUUUUUGGACUAUUAUCCACAAUUAAUCUCAGAUAAAACCACAAACUGUGUUUUAUGGUGUUCAUUAGUCCUCACAACUGAGAGCAAGUGUACAGUAAUGAUCAUUUUGUGGAUGUAAUAUAGAUGCCUUAUGAUGGGACAGUGGACAACAACAAUCUCAUCCUAUCCAACACAAUGCAUAGGUUGGCUUGUUAUAUCAUUUGUACUGAAAAGCUUUUUGAAUUGUAUUCACCAUUUUAAAAAAAAAAAGAAAGAAAACAACCAAUGGUAACUUCACCCUAAAUUUUCCAUCAGCAUCAUGCAAAUCUUUAUUUUUCUGAUUUUCAUGCAGACUUGAUCUAUAGUAGGAAGGUAAUAAUACUCUCUUUCUUCAUACAUGGGAUUCAUGUGUGAAAAUGUUCCUUUCAUUUGAGGAGUUCAAAUAAAUAAACAUCUCUGUCUGAUACUA